AUGGAGAUCUCAAAACCAGAGGUUUGUGCCGUUGGAAAAAAAAUGGCUUCAUCUUCUAUUGAUAAUACGAAUUUAAGAUUAAAGCAAAGGUUUUGUACUUGUGGAAGAAUUGCUUCCAUGCGUAUUGUACGAACCAAUGCGAAUGGAAAUAAAGGACGUGUCUAUUUUGUUUGCCCAAGAAAAUAUGAUUCGAACGACCACUGCAAUUACUUCAGGUGGUUCGCAGAUGAUGACGACGACGACAUUACCUCAUCAAUCCGUGCCAAUGCUGACGACGACGACAUUACUUCAAGGCUUGGUGAGCAUGAUAGAAGGCUUCAAAGGAUUGAGAACAUCUUGAAGGCAGUGACUUAUGUCAUUGUAUUUUGUGUGUUUUUGUACUUUUUCAUGUUUCUGAAAUCUAUUGAUGUAUGCUGCCAAAUAUUUCAUCAAGAACAGGUUCAAGGUGUAUUUGUAAUGGAUAGGUUCAAUGUGUUCAAUGAACAGGUUCAAGGUGUAUUUGUAAUGGACAGGUAUGCUGCCAAAUUGAUGUAUGCUGCCAAGUAUGCUGCCAAAUAUGUUUAA